AUGGAAUCUUUAGACGACGUUUCACAACCAGGGCGUUCAGUUGACAUUGAGCUGGGUGGACAAGAAGUUAUUACGAUCGACCUCGACAACCUCGACCCGAAUCCAGACGACGUGUUGGACCUGUUGAAGGAAGGACAAUGCAAGAUUUGGGUGUGGACAAAGCUAGCUGGAGAGUACUGGAGACGCGGCUACUUGGCCGCGGCGGAACGGAUUGCCCUGACGGCUGUUGAAUCUUUCCAAAGUAGUGGCUCUUCAUCAUCUCUGCCCCCAAUAUACUCCCUCCUUGCGAACAUACAAAUUGCACAUGCGCGUAAAGCACCCAAGCUGGUGUUGCACGAUGCUCAGCAAGAUCUCAUGACUUCGGAAAAAUCUAAGGAGGAAUACAACCGCGACGCUGCCCAAUAUCUAAACACUGGGGAGCGUGUUGGAGCAGAGUCAGGUGAAGGCGUCAGUGGGGAACUGGCGUUCUUAACACGAGGAAUCCAACAACUCGCAACCCGGUCCAUGGACGACGCGCUACGGUCUUUUGACGGUGUACUAGCAGAAAAGCCUACAAAUGUUGUUGCCCUUUUGGGAAAGGCUCGCAUCCUUUAUGCCCGCCGCAAUUAUAAAGAAUCUCUUCGGUUAUUCCAGGAUGUGCUACGAUACAACCCAAAUUGCGUACCUGAUCCGCGAAUCGGCAUUGGACUCUGUCUUUGGGCCAUGGACCAUAAAGCUAAGGCAAAGCUAGCGUGGCAACGGAGUUUAGAACUGAAUCCCUCCGAAUGGUCUGCACAACUGCUACUAGGGCUGGAGUCAAUAAAUGCUAGCAAAACUUCCGGCCUUACGGAAGAAGAAAAGGCGAGAGCCUUCCUGACCGGGACGAAAUUGAUUGAACGGGCAUUCCACGCGAACAACCGAAGUGCAGCUGCGGCCAAUGCAUUGUGCGAACUGUUCUUGAGAAAGGGAAAUCAUGCCCGGGCAUUGAAACUCGCUGAGCGAACAAUUCAGUUUGCAGAUACCCUCACGGUUCUCACAGAAGGUUAUUUACGUGCAGGCCGCGUGUCUCAUGCGAGCGGUUCGAACAGCCAGGCACUGAAGUUCUAUUCAUCGGCAGUCGAAGGACAGCCAAAAAAUGUCGUCGGUGCCAUAGGGAUGGCCCAAAUGCAGAUGCAAAACGAUGAGAUGGCUGCUGCUAUUCAUACCCUUGACACUCUAAUCCAGCCGCCCAACCCACAACGGUCCCCCGAGGCAACAGUCAUGCUCGCUUCGCUUCGAGCCUAUCCUCGGCCAGGAGUGUCAAGUUCGGAUUUGGCCCAGGAGAAGACGCGCGCACGAGAGCUGUUUGACCGAGUCAACAAAGUCGAGGACUCCAAAUUGAAUGGCGCUAGCAAGACGCCACGUGCCAUCGCCGACGAUAUUGAGAUGCAUGCUGAGAUUGCUCGCUUGUGGCAGGGCGACAGCCUGGAUCGGAUGGGAAAGGCGCUGAAGGAGGCGCUGAGGAUCAGCCAGGCCACUGGAGGGACGAACCCGCGACUUAUCAACAACAUUGGUGUGCUGUGUCACCUUGAGGGGAACUUCAGAGAGGCACGGUCAAUGUACGAAGAUGCACUAACAAGUGCAACGACCCUCAACCCUGAUGUAGCGGAGGGGUUGUCGACAACGAUUCUCUACAACCUUGCUCGUGUAUACGAGGACCAAGGAGAGGAUAGUCUGGCGAAGGAUGCUUAUGAGAAGCUUCUUUCGCGUCAUCCUGAAUACAUCGAUGCCAAAAUUCGACAAGCCCAAAUGCUGACGAACAUCAACCGUGUCAACGAGGCUCAUGAUAUCCUCAAGCAGGCUCUAUCGUCACAAAAUAGCAACUUGAACCUCCGUGCCUACUACACCUACUUCCUCGUCCACACCAACGCUGCCAAGGUAGCGAAGGAAUUCGUUUAUGCCACACUGAAGGACCACGACAGGCACGACAUCUACUCCCUCUGCGCUUCUGCGUGGAUCAUCUACCAACAAGCCCGCGAGAGCCGCGAAGUGAGCACGAAAGGAAUCGAGGAGCGCAAGAAGAACUUCCAACGCUCGGCUGACUUCUAUGAGAAGGCUCUGCAGCUCGAUCCGACGUGUGCCUUCGCUGCACAGGGUCUGGCGAUCGUCACCGCUGAAGAUGCACUUGGCACGAUGGGCGGGGCGCUGUCGAGAACACCGGGUGUGGAUGAAGGUCAGAAGCGGCUGCAGAACGCACGCGAGGCUCUGGAUAUCUUCAUCAAGGUUAGAGAGUCUGUCAACGAUGGCAGCGUCUACUUCAAUAUCGGCCACUGCUAUUAUGCUCGUGAUGAGUUUGAUCGAGCAAUUGAAAGUUAUGAGACUGCCUCCGGCAAGUUUUACAACAACCAGAAUGUUUCCGUCCUUCUCUGUCUCUGUCGGUCAUGGUAUUCCAAGGCCAUGAAGGACCAAUCCUAUCCUGCGAUGAAGACUGCCCUCAAAUAUGCACAAAUGGCGCUGCAUAUGCAUCCCAAUGACAAGGCAAUCGUCUACAACAUUGCCAUGAUUCAGCAAAAAUCGGCUGAAUUGCUUUUCUCCAUCCCUGUCGCAAAACGGUCUCUCAAAGACCUCCAGAAGGCCGUUGAUUCCGCCAUGCAUGCCCAAAAACUCUUUUCCUCCUUGGCCGCGGACAAAGCGUCCGUCGUACCGUACGACCGCGACAUCGCCGACAACAGGCGAAAGUACGGUGAUGGUAUGCUGCGGAAAGCCGAAGAACACCUCGCAAACCAAAGACAGCACGAGAACGAAAAUCAAGCUCGUAUUGAUGCGGCGAGAAAGAGGCGGCAGGACGAACGGGAGCGGCAGGAGGAAGUCGAGCGCAAACGCCAGGAGGAGCUCCGUAUCGAAGCCGAGAAACUGGCGGAGGAGCGCCGUGUCGCUCGUGAGCAAGCCAUGGAGUGGACACGAGAGGUUCGGAUGGACAGCGACGAGGAGCGAGAACGCAAGCCCAAGAAAGCGAAAAAGCCCAAGGCAGACGUGGUCAGCGGAGACGAGGGCGAGGCUCCAAAGAAGAAACGCCGUGGCAAGCUAAAGAAGGCGACGGCCUCGAGCGACCAAGAGGAUGGAGACCAGGCGAUGUUCAGCGAGGAGGAUGCAGAACCGCCGAAGAAGAAACGGAAGGGCAAGCUGCAGAAGACUUCGAGCGAUCAGGGGGAUGAGGAUCAGGCUAUGUUCAGUGAGGAGGAUAUUGAGAAGCCUGCGAAGAAGCGCGUAACGAAGAAGCGAGUGGUCCGCGAUGACGAUGAUGAGGACACAAACCCACGUAAAAAGCAGUUCAAGAGCAAGGAGAUGUUAUCCGAUACCGAUGAUGAGGACAUGGCCGCCGCAUAA